AUCCAACCGUUUCGGCUGACGGUUUGCCAUGAGAGAGAACCGGCGCGGUUCAAAUCGAAGAAUAUGCUUGGGUGCAUGCAUGAGCAUGAGCAGCCUUUUAUUUUAGUACUCUCGUCUUUUCUCGUCCCUCCAACGCCUGAAGGCCAAAAGUUCUCCAUUCUCAAUUCUUCGUCUGAAUUUGUGGACGAUUUUCAAUUCGGAUGAGAAUAUGGCAGCCUCACAGGGGAAUCCCAUCUUUGUCUGCCACCAGUUUGGCAUUAUCGUCUUCAUUAGAACUCAACCAUUUGCUUCAACUUUGCAGCAAGUCGAAAGCACUUGACCCAGGACGACAACUCCAUCAGCAAAUAAUUAUGUGUGGACUAGGGCAUGAUUCCUUCAUGACCACCAAAUUAGUCCAGAUGUAUGCAGAUUGCAGGGAUCUCGAAUCUGCCCACCAACUGUUCGAGAGAUUGUCCCAACCAAAUGUUUUUGCUUGCACUUCUAUCCUGUGGUUUUAUUCGCAGAAUGGGAUGUCAAGUGAGUGCGUGGACUUCUAUGGUGAAACGAAAUUGAGAGGCGUUGUUCCUGAUGGGUAUGUUUUUCCCAAGGUCUUAAGGGCGUGUGCACAAUCAGGGAACUUUCAAGUUGGUGUUUUGGUCCACAAAGAUGUGAUUACUUUUGGCGCUGAGUUGAACUUACAGGUUUGCAAUUCUUUGAUUGAUAUGUAUUCAAAGUGUGGGGAUGUUGAGAGUGCUAGGCGGGUUUUCGACCAAAUGGUGGAAAGAGACUUGCUGUCAUGGAAUUCGAUGAUUUCAGGGUACGUGCAUAAUGAGUUCCUUAAAUCAGCUGUGGAUUUGUUGGAUUCCAUGAGGUUGAAGGGUUUUGUGCCCGAUUUAGUCACUUGGAACACUGUGAUGGAUGCUUAUUGUAGAAUGGGGCAAUGUGACGAGGCUUGGAAGAUUUUUGAAGGGAUUAAAGAGCCUAAUGUCGUCUCAUGGACCACUUUGAUCUCAGGUUACUCGAGGAUUGGGAAACACCAAGUGACACUGACAAUCUUCCGGAAUAUGGUGAGUAAAGGUGAAGUUCUCUCUGAUUUGGCUUGUAUUUCCAAUGUCAUUGUCUCCUGCCGGCAUCUGGGUGCGUUAACAUGGGGACGAGAAAUUCAUGCGUAUGGAACUAAAAGAGAAACUUGGUUUGCAUUUUACAAGUCAGCUGGACCAGCUUUGCUGACUAUGUAUGCUAGGUGCAAGAGGUUACGAGAUGCCACAAAUGUAUUCAACUUGAUGGACAAAUUUGAUGUCGUUUCAUGGAAUGCCAUGAUUUCUAGUCUUUCUGAUCUCAGAAUGGAGAACAGGGCACUUGAGUGUUUCAGAAGAAUGCAGAAUAUGGGACUGGGGAACAAUGAAACCACCAUAUCUGCUGCUCUACCCGCGUGCGAUCUGGAAUCUGGGAAACAAAUGCACGCCUACAUUCUGAGAAGCAGUUUCAGUCCAGUCAUUGCAGUUUGGAAUGCUUUGAUCCAUAUGUACUCCCGGUGUGGACACAUCGAAGCUGCAUAUUCGGUGUUCUCAAACAUGGCCAGUAGGGAUUUUGUGUCGUGGAACACAAUGAUUGGAGGGUUUGGAAUGCAUGGGUCCGGCCGAGCUGCUCUUCAACUUCUGCAGCAGAUGAGCCAUUCUGGCCUUUGCCCCGAUUCUACCACCUUCACUUCAGUGCUGUCGGCUUGUAGUCACUCGGGCCUUCUGCACGAGGGUCUUCAAGUCUUCCGCAGAAUGACAAAGGAAUUGGGCAUCAAUCCCGGGGCAGAGCAUUAUGCUUGCGUGGUUGAUCUGUUGGCGCGGGCGGGUUGUCUCGAGGAUGCUGUUGGGUUCAUCAAGGCAAUGCCUGUAGAGGCUGAUGGGCGGGUUUGGGGUGCUGUGCUUGCUGCUGCUCAGGCCCACCAAAAUGUUCGGGUUGCAAUGCUAGCUUCACAGAGGUUAGUCCAUCUGGAACCUGGACAUGCUGGGCAUUAUGUGACAUUGGCGAAUAUGUAUGCUAGGGUGGGCAGAUGGGACGAUGCUGUUCGAGUGAGAAAGGGAAUGGAGAGCAGGGGAUUGGUGAAACCUUCAGGGUAUAGCUGGGUUGAAACCGGCAAUUUGCAUUAAUUUCCCCGUUAGUGGGCUUGGCAUUUCCUUCUAGCCCAAUAUCAGUUUAGUUUCACACACUGGUCGUCAGCUCCUUACGGUCCAAUAAAUACUCAUCCAGUAUAUGGCCUCUUCUUAAAUAAUGUUUCGUUGACAGACUAGAAAACUUGGAUUCCAAAAUGAUUUGAAAUAUGUAUAUUCCCUAUAUAUUUUAGAACUUAAUUUGUAACUCAUUAUAACAAUCUUUAACAA